AUGUACUCAAAUUCCAUGAGACGCCAGACUCAGAACUUCACCAGUUAUCAUCACGUCACGGGCAUCAGUGACCCGCAUGCCCAGACAACAAGUCUAUGGAACCCCGUUUACGAAGCCCCGCUGGAGCAGUGGUCACAUUAUGGCCACAGCGCGGGUUUCCCCGGUUCGAACCCUGUUAUGGAACAGAUACGUGUCAGUUCCACUGAACUGACUUCCAUCUCGCCUGCCGGUCCCGGAAUUCUCCUGUCACUCGAUUCACAUACCAGGCAGUACUCUCCAGACUCACAGAGAAGAAACUCGUACAUUGGGAUCAGACGAAAUGUACAUUCAUCCAGCACUGGAGGGAAGACACGCACCAAGGACAAGUACAGGGUGGUGUACACAGACCAGCAGCGCCUGGAGCUAGAGAAGGAGUUUCAGUCCAGUAGAUACAUCACCAUCAGGAGGAAGACAGAACUUUCCCUGGGCCUCAGCCUCUCAGAGAGACAGGUGAAGAUCUGGUUCCAGAACAGGAGAGCCAAGGAGAGGAAGAUAACCAAGAAGAAGAUCCAGCUGUCCCAGCAGGCUUCUAGGACCACUCCCACCAUGACCCCUUCCAGCCUGGCUGAUCCCAGUAACGGUUCCAUGGCAACCAGCUCCAGCAGCUUGUUGUCAGAGACGAUAUCAACGACAAUCAAAGAGGAGUACUGA